ACAAUAUAUGUAGCACACAAUUGCAACGGUUGUAAGCAGUCGCACCACCAAUUGUGAAAGGGGCUUAAGAAUGCCUAUGAGCUGGUGUUUAUGAAGCGUUUGGGUUAGUGUCCAGACUUUGAAACAGAGAGUCCUGGGUUGGAAAACCAGCCAUGGAAUAGAUUUCUUCAGCAAAAAAAUUAUCCACAAUGUGCUACACUCAACACAAGUGAGGAAAAUGGUUUGUGGAAAUAAUUCCUGAAAUAGCUGUGGGCACUGGAAUCGUCAAGCUUAGCCAGAGUGGAAUCCUGAGUGUGCACUGCAAGAAGAUCAAACAUAUCAAUGAAAGUCAGAUGGUUGUAGCAGAACCUGAGCUCUACCUGCGUAUACGUGUUGGGGCCAAUUCAAAAUGCACCAAGACUUUCAACUGGACUGCCGGAUCAAAGUAUGUUGUGGUUCAUGAAAUCAAACAUUUCCCAGUUAUGGUGUCUCGAUCGAGAAAUGACUCUUCCAAUGAAAUUCGCAUUGAUUUAGUCAUGGUUGAAACUGCACAUGUCCAUCGUAUUAUUGGUCAUAAAGAUGUUCAUCUCUACGAUAUGAUCAAGAAUCUCUACGUGGUUGGCACUUACGAACUAAAAUUUCGUCAAAAUACUAUCGCUGCGCUCGACUUUGAGAUCUGCUUUGCAUACGGUAUAUUUGGAUAUGGCUAUUCACAUCAGUUACAAAAUCGACAGAAGAAGCUAGAAGACAUCGUGAGUCACUCAUAUCUUUACCGAUCAGAGCCACCUAUGAACCGGAAACAGUCGGAUAAUACCACGAUGGCACCUGUUCCAAUAGAACAUCCAGACCUCAUUUCAUUUGCUCAAAAGGUGCAAAUCGGAUCUCCAGCAGUCAGAGAAAUGCUUGUUGACAGAUACAGCAAAUACGAUAUGGAUGUGUUUUCCGAUCUUGAUAAACACGAGCCAGUAAUUCUCGCCCGAACUAUGAGGAGAAGAUUGCAGAAAAUUGAAGCUGAUUUUAAUUCGCAGACAAGUAGGCAACAACGAAAGAAAUUUCUAGAGAAGUUGAUUCUUCGCCACGGAGACGACGAUAAAAAACAUGAUAAGCAAAACAGGGAUGAUCGAGCACCACCCGGGACUACGGUAUUACCAGACAUCGACCAGGUAGCUGCCCCCGAAGAACUGGUGUACGGGGAGGAUGAUGAUCAUACAUGCGUCACUGACGUUCCAGAGCUCAGUAGCUUCCUAGCCAAUGCUCCCGGAAUUCAAGUCCGCGGGCGAGCGGAGAGAAGUCGUCGACCAUCAAUGUCAGUUCUUCUCGAGGAUGAAACCGCAAAUGAGUUAGAGAGACAGCAAUCGACGUCAGAAGACGCAUCAGCAUCGAUGUCUGGUUCAUUCAAACACUCUGAUCAACAGGACAGACAGAUAAGUACAGGAGGGAAUCUCAUGAUGUCAUUUGCAAACAAACUUCGUCUCUGGAAGUCAAAGGGUGCACCUGCUAAACUCCCUAACGCAGGGCCAGUGACCAGCGAAUAAGGUCCAGGCCUGCGAAGAGCUUGGAGUAUCAUGUCAGGAACUAUUAGAGGUCCGUCAAGCUUCUCAAAAAGCCUCAUCACAAGACACCGCCAUCUUUUCUGAAAAAUAAACAUUUAUCUUGGAGCCCGACCGAGAGACCCCCCAGUAUGAAGAACUUUGAAGAAUAGGAAUGAAAAAGAUAUUACCUCUUUGGUCAACUUAAACGGCAAGUCCACCCCAGAAAAAUGUUGAUUUCAAAUAGAGAAAAAUGAAGCAAGCAUAAUGAUGAAAAUUUCAUCAAAAUCGGAUGUAAAAUUAGAAAGUUAUGACAUAUUAAAGUUUCUCUUAUUUUUCACAAAACAGUGAUAUGCACAAUUCGGUGACGUGCAAACGAGGCAGUUGACGAUGUCCCUUUCUCACUUUUUCUAUUGUUUUUAGCUCAUCCAUGCUUUUUCAUCAAUUCAAGUCCGAUUUCCAUUCUGUUUGCUUUAUAUGAUAUCACUAUAGGAGGGGGAUUCAAUACUUCUACACAAAAUUGUGAAACUCAUCAAAUAUGCUAAUUUAUGCGCAUUUUUCGAAAUUCACAAAAAAUGCCUCUCAUUUCUUUAUUUGUUGACCGAUUUUGAUUUUUUUUUGCUUCCAUCUGGUAAAGCUUCAUGAGGUUCUCCAAACUUCUACACAGAAUUUUGAAAUUUUGAUUAGAAUUUUAGUUAUGAUAAUUUAAUGGAAACUUCUUUAUAAAUCACCAAAAAAAAUGUUUUUUCUCCUUCAGUUGUUGACCACUUUUGAUUUUUUUUCAUCCAUCUGGUAGAGCUGCAUGAGGUUCACCAAACUUGUACACAAAAUUUUGUAAUUUUGACAAGAAAAUUAUUUAUGAUAAUUUAUGCGAAAUUUAUUCAUAAAUCACAAAACAUGCUUUUUCUUCUUCAUUUGUUGAUCAAUUUCAAUUUUGUUUGCUUUCUAUGAUCGCUCUAGGCACUACGUGGGGAUACAAAACUUCUACAUAGACUUUUGAAACUCAUUAAAUAUGCUAAUUUAUGCAUAUUUUUCAAAACUCACAAAAAUGCUUAAUUAUUUGUUGACGAUUUUGAUUUUUUUUGCUCCAUCUGAGAGCUACAUGAGGUUCACCAAGGUUCUACACAGAAUUUAGACAUUUUGACUAGAAAAUUAUUUAUGCUAAUUUAUACAAAAUUUAGUCAUAAAUCACAAAAUUGCUUCUUUUCUGUCAUUUUUUCUCCUUUCUUUUUUUCUACCUUUUCUUUUCUUUCUUCCUUCCUUUCCCUCUUUUGUCUUUUCUUUUCUGUUCCCUUUUCCUUUCCCUAUGACUCUCUCAUUCUCUCUCUUUUAUUUGGUCCCCAUGGAAGACCAGCCGCACAUAUAAUUGGUGCAGCUGAAUAUGGGUUAUCCAACCGUCUUGAUCUUUUAACUUUCUUAACAUGUUUCAAUCAUUGAUUUUUUUUUUUUUUUUUUUUUUUUAUCAAUGUUUAGAAUUUAUUUAAUUAUGUAUGGAUAUGUUACUCCUUGUAUCUCUUUACAUGUAUAUAUAUUGUUAUGUAUUUUUUAUAACGGAAAUAAAACAAACAAUUUCUUCA